UAAGCUCUCACCUCCGAACGAACACCGUACGCUAUCAGGACUUCCAAACCACACUCGGUUGAACUUCACUGCUCUUUCCCUUAAAGGUAUUUGUGUUUAUUUAUGGGAAUACACAAGAGGUGAAACAACCACUGCUGCACAAAGCGUCUUCUCAUCUAGGCUUUCCAAGUGCGCAGUUAUGUCCAGGAGAAAGGUGAGGGGACUUACGCGGACUGGGCGGCAGGUAAGCGAGGACCCGGAUCUCGACAAUUUGCUGUUAAACCUGUCGCCCGAAGAGGUGGAGGAAUUGCAGAAGGAGGUGUCAACUGUGCCGGACCCCGACCCGAGCGAGAUUAUAAUAGUGGACCAAACGGAUUUAAAACAAACCGCACCUAAGAAAGAAUCCAACUUCAGUAAUCGCGACGAUGAGUCCAAAACUCAUUUGCAAAGGAACCUGUCCACUGAGGGUGAGCCCAGGAGGGAAAGUCGAAAACAGGAGUAUCUGAGGAAGAUGGGCCUGAGUCAGGAGAUGAGCGAUGGAAGGCUUCAGAGACAAACCAGCAUUUCCACAACCAGCGUUCCUGGUAUACAAGACAAUAAAACAGAGGACAGGAACUCAAGAAUCCAAGAGAAUCCUAAAGGUGCUAGAGCAGGUUACUUCAAGAGGGAGGAGGAGAGUGAAAGGGAAGGGGAAGUCAAGGUGAAAGAAGUGAACGAUGACUCCAAGCUCAAAGACAGGUGGGAGACAACACAUGGCAGCAGCAAGACAAAAGAGUUGAUUUCCAAACUUCAGGAAAAAAAGGAGGAUUGUAAAGAGAAGGACAGAAAAGAGGAAAGCCGGAGGAGAGACCCCGGAGACCACAAGACAAAGGCGAUGAUCUCCAGGUUACAGGAGAAGCAGGAUAAAGAAGAAAGACAGGAGAGAGAGAGGAGAGAAGAAUUCAGGAAAAAAGAAGACAGCAGAAUGAAAGGCCUAGUUCCCAAGUUAGAAAAGGAAAAUCUGGUUGCAGAGACCAAAACAGAUGAAAAGAGGACAUCAGAAGAGAGAGAGAGUGUCAACAAACAAGCUGAUUUAGUGACGUCCAAUGAUAAAGACAUGGUCAAGAAGGAUUUCAGGAAAGAUGCUGAUAGCACAGAUAAAGAAAAUGUGAAUGUGAGAAAGGAUAAGGAACCUAUUAAAGGAAAAGGGGAACUAAAGAUGAACAAAGAAAAGAUGGUUGCAAAAGGGCAUAAUGAGAUCCAGAAUGAAGUACAUGAGCCUUGCAGGGAAGAAAAAGUUGGAAACUGUGUGGAAGAUAAAAAUUCAAAAACCAAGAUUAAAGAGGAGGAGGAGGAAGACGAGUCUACAAACAUGUUUGCUGAAGAUCUGGAAAGAGUCUCUUGCAAUGACCCUGGGAUGACUGAGCUCAAUGUUAACAACUCUGAAGUCAUUAAAGUCAAUACCCUCAUUCAGUUCGCUGAAGCGCUGAAAAACAACACACAUAUUAAGACAUUUGCCCUCGCUAACUGCCGUGCAGAUGACCAUGUGGCUUAUGCUAUCGCAGGCACCUUACGCAGUAACAAAACCAUUACUAGCAUUAACCUGGACUCCAAUCUUCUCACUAGCAAGGGAAUCAUGGCCUUGGUCCAAGCACUUCAAUAUAACUCCACCCUCACUGAGCUCCGUUUUCACAAUCAGCGGCACAUCUGUGGAGGCAAAACAGAGAUGGAGAUGACAAAGAUUUUGAAAGAAAAUACAGCUCUUCUUAAACUGGGCUACCACUUUGAGUUGGCUGGUCCACGCAUGACCGUGACCAACAUCCUCAGUCGUAACAUGGACCGUCAGAGACAGAAGAGGCUGCAAGAGCAGAAGCAGGCCCAAGCCCAGGGAAAUGAAGACAAGAAAGACUCACUGGAGGUCCCAAAAACUAGCUUCAACAAAGCCUCCCCAAGGAGCUCACCAAAACCAUCUCCUGUUUCAUCGCCUAUACCAUCCCCAAAACUGGCACCCAGGAAGGGGCCUGGUGGUCCUCCACCUCCACCUCCACCACCUGGGGGUUUACCACCCCCACCACCCCCAAUCUUGGAUGGCGACUUCCUAAAGAACUCCCUGACCCCUGUGUCAAAGAGAAAGCUGGAUGAUAGGACUGGAGGUCGAGGUAUAAGCCUGAACUCCAGGGACCAGCUUUUGGCUUCCAUAAGGGAUGCCAACAUUAAACAACUCAAAAAGGUUUCAUUACCAAAACUUCUACAAUAAGCAGACUGCAGAGAGAAAAGCAUGAAAGACAGAUGAAGAAAAGAAGGCCAGACAUCUCACACACAUUAAGGAGAUUGACAUCUGUCCUCUUUUACACACAGUCUGCUACUGCCCUGUAUUAUAGAGACACAACGAGGUGAAGAUGGCAAUCAUUCAUCUUGGGGUUCUCUCACAAUACACUGGACUGUGAAGAGGAACGGAUGCAUGGUGGAGUCGUGGUGCUCGGAGGCUGACACAGACAGCCUAUGUUGACGCCUUGUUUAUAAUUUGCACUAAGUGAAACAAUUCAUAUGGUGAGUGUGUGCAGUACAGUGUGUAUGCAUGUAUGUGUAUGGAUCCCAUGGGAAGUGAUACAUUUUGUAAUACUUUUUGGAUGAUUUGUAAUUAACGAUAUGUGUUGACAGUAUACAGAUCCUUAUAUUUGGAAUUCUAAUCAAUUUAUGGGAUUCUACAUUAUCAGGGAUUUAAAGGGAAACUCCAAUCAGAACACAAUGUUUACUCCAAUUAAGACAUUUUUUUGCCGUGCUUUUGUUGAUACAUAAGAAAUUCUGCAGGAGUGUAGCGAUAUGGAAUCACUUAUUUGGUUUUUGAGUCUCUUUUGAAGUUAUGUUUCUGACUAUUGUGUAAUGCAAACACAUUACAUGAUUUAAGUAAAUCACUCUAACAGAAUAAUAGUUAUUGUCAAAUCAUAUGUAAAAAAAAUUGAAGGUGAUUUAGAAUUUGUAGGUUUUACAAUUGACUCAGGAUGAUCCUUUUAAGGAUAGGAUUUUAUUUGACUCUAAACAUGGUAUCUGGUUGGGUCGAGUGCAUUAGGAUUUAGGAGAACUUCCUGCUCUUUGAGAAUGACAACAUUGUGCACUGCUACAGUUUGGAGCACCACUUCUCUCAUGCUCAUGGUUUCAGCUGGACCGGUGGAAUAAUGUUCUUUUUAGACUACAAGAAAUGUUAUCAUGUUAAUAAAUUGUACUAUUUAAUUCAUCUCUCUGAUGGAGACAUGGUUGGUCUCUUUAAGAUUCCUAUCUUAGGAAAUCCAAUUCCAAGAUAUAAAGCAAGGCUACACUUAAAUAAGAAUGAACAGUACUUAUAAAAACUUUUUUUUCUUAUUUUGCACACAUAGCAAAAUUAACCCAAUCAUCACAUUUUAUCAUCCAGAUAAAAGUCAUUCAGUUAAAAGAGUAUUUUAUAGUCAUCUGUUGAGUGAUAUUACACAGUGUAAACCAUGAGGAAUGAGCAGAUAGAAUGAUUCAUGAGUAAUGAUUUGUGAGUAAUGAUUUAUGAGUAAUGGCACUCGUUAUGAUAAACACAAAAUGUCAAGCAGAUCCUAAUAAAGUAAUGCAGCACACA